UGGUAAUUUUUGAAUUCUGCAUUCUGGAAAGUGAAAACCAAAAAGAAAACACGAUUAUCUCUGUAACGAUUUAAAUUUUGACUGAAUUAACGCGUUUAAAAAGUGAUUUUAAUUAAGUGUUUAUAAUAACAGACAAAGUAAAUGGCUGGCUUCACGGAAAACGCGUUGAUUCGAAAACUGCAGGAUUUGAAUUCUAGCCAACAAAGUAUUCAAACAUUGUCACUGUGGCUUAUACAUCAUAGAAAACACCACGCUGCCGUAGUUAAAACAUGGUAUAAAGAAUUACUGAAAGUAAAAGAUAGUAAACAGCUUACAUUUAUGUAUCUGGCUAAUGAUGUUAUACAAAAUAGCAAGAAAAAAGGUCCUGAAUAUGGAAAGGAGUUUGGAGAAGUAUUAGUAGAUGCAUUUAAACUUAUGGCAAAAACUGGUAUCAAUACAAAAACUAAACAUUCCCUGCAUAGGAUAUUGGGCAUAUGGGAAGAGAGAGGGGUAUAUGAUGCAAAUAAAAUUCAAGAAUAUAAAGUUGCUGUUGAUCCAAACGACGCUAUUCCAAGUAAAGUUAGCAAGCGAAAGUCCAUAGAUACAGAGCCAAAAGACCCUGAAAAGAAACCAAAGUUGGAGAGCCGUGAAAAGGGUGAGAAAAGAAGGUAUAGUGAGACCAAGGUUGAAGUUGAUGGAAAAAUUGAAACUCACAUCACACUUAGCCCAAAGACACCGCCUGGUGACCCACCAGAGCCUGAAGAACUUAUUAAGGCGUUGUUAGAAUUGGAGUCUAGUGCCUCAAGCGAUGAAGCAGUGAGGGAAAGAAUCGCCUCCCUCCCACCGGAGGUCUCCGAAGUGCAAUUAUUGUCGAAAUUGGAAGAUAAAGAGGCAGCCCUAAACCUUAGUACAGUAGUUAAUUCGGCGGUGGAACUACUCGCCGACUACAAUUUACGUCUCGCAGACGAACUGGACAAAAGGCGGAAAGUGGCUGGCAUGUUGAGGGACUUCGCUCAAGCGCAACGCGAUCUUGCCAAACACGCGGAAGCGAGGCUUGAGGAAUACAAUAUAAAACUCCAGAAGUUGUAUGCUGUGAAAGCGGAAGUAAAAUCUCACAUUGAGAGCCUUCCCGAUGUUUCCCGUCUUCCAGAUGUAACAGGUGGUUUAGCGCCUCUACCCUCCGCCGGGGACUUAUUUAGCAUUUAGCUGACUGAAUCACGGAAUAGAUAAAUGGUUCAUUGCUUAUUGAUUCAACCUAUAUUGUAGGCACCGCGAGUGUGACGCAAGCGUAAUGCGUAGUUAAAGUUAUUUGAAAUCCUAUACAGAUACCGGCAAACAUCUUGAACAAAUGUCCUUGCCUGCACAGAAGCGAUUUUUAGGUAUCACUGGUAGGGGAGGGGGGCGGUGGUGUGCGGCGGCGGGAGAGUGACGUGUCGAUUGCGUGAUUGGUAAAUCAGUUGACGUUUGUGUCCCGCGCUGCGCGAACUUUCUCCCACUCCUUGUUUAAUGCUCAAGAAGUUUGCCGGUACCUGUACGAUACAUACAAAUGCGAUUACUAAAUUAAAAUUAUAUUAAAAGCUUUUUCAAUUUAUCUACUCUGUGGUAUUACAUUUUCAGAAUAAAAAGCUUUCGCUAUACAUAAAUUGUAGUGUUAAGUCUAUAUUACUAAUUGUUAUUGCUACGAGUCGUUUUUGCGUGACAGCCUGGUUUCAAUUAACGGCGACGCAACAUUUUAGACAAGUUAAUUGCCUUUAAAGUUAUAGACAUAGAAUUACUAUUCGUAGCAAUUCGCUAGUAACCGUUAUUCAACAUUUUAAGAAAAAAUAGUUCCUCAAAUUAGUAUUUAAACUAAACGCGUGUAUGUUAUGGAUUCAUGUGGAUGGUAUUAUGCAAUACAUUAGUAUUUUAAAGCUCUAAAACUGUUCUUUAAUGUUUUACAAUAAAACUAGGAAAAAUGACUCAUUGGACUAAUUUUCAGCAACUCUUGCAGUGUUAAUUCUUUGCUAUUAUUGUUUUCUUUUGCGUGUUAUAUGUACUAUAUACUGGCUUUUUAUGUAUUAACAUUGUAUAUACGCGGAUGCUUGCCAAAUUCAUGCGAUUUCAAUACAAAGACCCCUCAGGAAUUGUCGUCAUGAUCGUAGAACAAUGUCGGAUUUGAAAAAAAUCCAAAAUCCACUUUUUAUCACAUUUGGAUACUGCAUUGACUAAAUAUUACGGCUACAUUAAA